AUGUUUGUUUUCCCGUUCCAAGACUUGGAGCUGGACGAGCAGCAGGUGCUAGAAGUGAUGGACUCCCGCGAGCGCCGGAACCACUGGCUGGUGGCGUAUUUCCCGGCACACUGCGGCCGCGGCUGCUCGCAGCUGGCGCACGAGUGGCGCCGCGUGGCACAGAAGCUCCGGCCGUUAGCACAAGUGCGCGUGGGCAUGCUACAGUGCUCUAACAACGCGCGCGGCUUCUGCUCCAACGUGCGCUCGCCUUCCGCGCGCCUUUAUCCGCCCGCCGUCGCACACCACUACACUGUAAACCUCCAACAGUUGUCCGAAGCCCCGUACAUCUUGGAGUGGGCGUUGGAGCACAUCGACGACUCCGUGGUCAAGCUCACGUGGCAUAGCUUCAUGAAAACCGUCGCAGUAGAAGAACUCAAUCCGUCCAGGUAA